UCCAGCCCUGCCUCAGCAUACAUAGGAAGCUAAGUACGCACACUAACAUUUUCAAACCUGUUAAAAAGACACAAUGAGCGAAAUAAAACCAAAAGAAGCGGCUGCAGCUGACAAAAAGGAAGCUGCGACUGAGGAAAAGGAUUGGGCUGCUGCUAAAGCGCACUUUGAAAACUUAAAAUCAACGAAACCGAGACCUCCCAAGCCAAUACAUGCAGUUACUAUCGCCGUUUCCUCCCGGACCUUGUUUGAUAUGGUGGCGGAAAGGAAGAUAUUUGUGGAAGAAGGACUGGAGAAAUAUGUUCAGUAUCAGCAGGACCACGAGAGUGAGCCGCUAAAACCAGGACCUGCUUUCCCUUUCGUUAAAGCACUGAUGACUGUAAAUGAACGGCUGAGGAAGCUCUAUCCAGACAGUGAAGAGCUGUUUGACAUUGUUCUCAUGACCAAUAAUCACGCCCAGGUUGGGGUGCGACUCAUGAACAGCAUUAACCACUAUGAUAUGACAAUUGAGCGAUUCUGCAUGACUGGAGGUCAGAGCCCAAUUGGAUAUCUCAAGGCCUACAUGACUAAUCUGUAUCUCUCCAAAGACUCCAAGAAAGUCAAGGAGGCCAUUGAGGAGGGUAUAGCAGCAGCCAUCAUGUUUAAGCCUGAUGUGGAGACUCAGCUGUCUGAGACUCAGCUGCGCGUGGCCUUCGAUGGGGAUGCUGUGCUCUUCUCUGAUGAGUCGGAGAUCAUAGUGAAACAGCAUGGCCUAGACACAUUCUUUGAGCAUGAAAAACAGCAUGAGAACAAACCACUCGCACAGGGUCCUCUUAAGUGCUUUCUGGAGGCUCUUGGGAAGCUCCAGAAGAAAUUCUACGCCAAAAAUGAGCGACUGAACUGCCCUAUCCGCACCUUCUUGGUGACGGCUAGAAGCGCGGCCAGCUCUGGGGCCCGCGUGCUCAAGACACUCAGAAGCUGGGGCCUGGAGAUUGAUGAGGCUUUGUUCCUUGCCGGGGCCCCUAAAGGGCCCCUGCUGCUGAAGAUUCGCCCCCACAUAUUCUUUGAUGACCAGAUGUUCCACAUUGAGGGAGCCAUGGAGAUGGGCACUAUUGCUGCCCAUGUACCAUAUGGGAUAGGACAGAAAUAUAACAAAGGGAAGCUGAUUGAACCAGAAAAGCAGCAGAAAUAAGAGAUCAGAAUGAUGUUACAGGUCAGCCACUAUAGGAGUUCAUUAUAUAGCUUACACUGUUUAGAUGAAGAUAUCUUCCUUUUACUUGCAACACAUAGGAGCUGCUGUGUAGAAGUAUGUUUUCUAAACUUCUAAAAUAUAUUUUUUUCUUGCACAAAAACGGCUAAUGAAAUUGUUUUCAUUACCAAUAAAGCUGGAAAUUAUUUUUUUGUUUAUUAGACAUGUCAAAGGCUUACAGUUUGAUGUUUUGAUACUUUCUGAACUUGUAUAAUUAUUUAUAUAGAUCUAUCUAUCUAUCUAUCUAUCUAUCUAUCUAUCUACUUCAUGUUUAAUAAUUAUUUAUAUAGAUAUAUAGAUGCUAUAUAUUUCUAAGGAAUAUUUGGAAUAUCAGUUUAUGGAUUUGUUUUUAAGGGGUUCAUAUAACGAUGAUUUGACCUAUAUAUUAAUAAAGGUCUACUUUAAACUCGCAAAUUAAACAAACACUUUGAAAUCUUUUUGGACAGUAGAUUUUCAUAAUAGAUAUUAUGACUGUUCUGUAUGCACUGUUCUUAUUUUUGAGGAGGAAGGUACGUCACUUCAGAAGUCAUUAAAGUGGGGAUUUUACUGUGCAAUUCAGGCCGAUCAUCUGGCCAUUAUGGUGCUUUCAGUUGCAAAUAUUUACUGUGGGGAUAUGUUCUUAUCAGUAAUCUCUGGGGUUCAUUUGCUUUCCACACUUUGCUUGUUUUGCAAAUGACAGUUACAUAAUAUGUUGAUGUCUCUGCUUGUAUUCAAAUGAUCAAAAACACUAUUAAUUGGUGUUAAGGUUAUGUUGCAUGUCACUGAAUGAUAAUAUAUUUUUUAACACUGUUAU